UAAUAGACUGCAGAGCUUGUGCGGGGCGCACCGCGCUGCCUCCGUGCGUCAUCAUAAAAAUACAAAUUCUUUAAAAAAAAAAAAAGAAAAAUGAAGCCAGAAAGACGCGGCGGUCCGGUCCGGACUGAUUACUGACCUCAGCAGUGCGCGCUCAAGGAAGACUGCAUUCGAGACCUGGACGGGGAAGGAGUGAGAGGACUUAGAGGAGGAGGAAGAGGAGGACAGUACGAACCCCCCAGCAUGACUCUGGGGACGGACAUGUCGGAGAGUCCGGCGCUGUCCGACGACGUGGACAUCGACGUGGUCGGCGGCGACGGCGUGAGAGAUGGGAAAUAUCUGCGCCACCAGCGCAUUUUUCACCCAGACCACGACUCCGACGACCCCCUGUCUUCCCAUGAGGCCGGGGAGGGCACCGCCAGCGGGUCCGAGUGCCCCGAUGACGACCGCGUCGUGGCUCAUGGCGAAUCCGGAGCAGGGACUGACCCAUUAAUUGGCGACAAACCGGUGAAAAACGCGCUCGUAAAGCCGCCGUAUUCAUACAUCGCAUUGAUCACGAUGGCCAUCUUGCAGAGCCCGAAGAAACGCCUGACGCUGAGCGAGAUCUGCGAGUUCAUCAGCAACAGGUUCCCGUACUACCGCGAAAAGUUCCCAGCGUGGCAGAACUCCAUCCGGCACAACCUAUCGCUCAACGACUGCUUCGUCAAGAUCCCACGCGAACCAGGGAAUCCGGGAAAGGGCAACUACUGGACGCUGGACCCUGAGUCGGCCGACAUGUUUGAUAACGGCAGCUUUCUGCGCAGGCGGAAGCGCUUUAAGAGACACCAGAACAGCGACGUGGUUCUCCGCGACGCGGGUGGAUUCCUGCCGGGAUUCGGAUACGGCCCUUACGGCUGUUACGCCCCAGGUGCCGGUGGCGCUGGCGGCUACGGACUGGCCCUGCAGAACUUCCACGCGUACACCCACCACCACCAUCACCACCCAGCUGGGACGUUCCCUUUCCAGGGCGCGCCGUGUCCCCUUCCCGCCGUGCCCUCUUCCAUCUUCUCGUCGUCGCCGCACACCGUGCCGCCCACUCUGCUGGGAGCAGAUCUAAGAAAGCCCUUCUACCCGCAACUCGGCCCCGCACUUGCGCCUCACAAAACGGACACGAACGUGUCGCGUCGCCCGUCUUUCUCCAUAGACAACAUAAUCGGCGCGACCAGCUCGCCGCCAUCGGCGCCUUACAGCGCGCAGUUACCGGCGGGCCAGGCGCAGAUCCUGGCUAUGAUCAGCCCACCGUCCUCAAACCACUUGAACCUCUCUCCGGAAACCAUCGCACCCAGCUCGUGCGCGGACUUUCUCCGGUAAACCGAGGACGACAAUUUUUUUUUUGUUCUAGUCAUUUUCCAUGGCAAGCGAGCCUGAAUGCGCCGCGAUCCGUUUAUAAAAUUCGACAUUUUGCCAAGGUAGGAACUGACUUUUUGUGAGGCUAAAGUUCUCUCUUUUUUGUGGAAAUUUGGGAGUAACAAACAAAGAAACAAACAACUUAAUUAAUUACGUUAUAUUUAUGAACUGUAAAUAUGUACAAUUUUGAUAAACAUUAUGUGCAGGCAGAAAUGAACAUCUUAAAAAAAAAAGAAAGUUAGUCUGAGGAUAACCUUUGACCUUUGAUCUCCCGUCCAGCUAUUUGAAACAGGAAACUAUUCAGUUAAUUUGAUAUCAUUGUGAACUGUGGGUUGUCCUGUCGGCGCGCUUACAGAUUGUUAUUGCUAUUGUUAUGGUUUAUAUAUAUUUUUGUGAGUUUUGUGAAAAAAAGAAAGCACUGUUUAAUAGUAGAGAGACCGAAAAUAUCGACUCAGGUUUACGUUUUUUGUUUUUUUGAAAGCACAUUGCCAGAGACAGUGGGGUUUCUGCCCGGACAGCGGUAUAUCAGUGUCAAGUAUAACUGUUUUCAAUAGUUUUUUUUUAUGUGGCGUUGAUGUAACUCGCAUUACCUCUCCUCCUGUCUGACUGUGCAUACAUUUUUCUUUUUAUUACAUUAAAGAUAAUCUGUGAAGAGUUUGUCGCUAUGUUGUAAAGAAAAAAAGAGGCAAAUAAUAAUAAUAAAAAUAAACACACUCCAUGUUGAUAGGUCAUUUGGUUGUAAUGACAAGAAAAUAAAUGUUGGGAAUUUUAAAGCUGUUUUUCUUCGUUUCAUUUUUGUACCUCCCUAGAGACAGGAUUAAAUUAGCUGUAAAAAUUAUACGUAAAUGAAGAUGAAUUUAAAGUGCUCGCGCAUUUGACUGCUGCAACUUGAUUAUUUGACUGCAACUUUACAGAUGUGUGGUCUAAUAACUGAGUAUGUUUUUGUAAAUAAUUGAGUUCAAUUGAAGUUUUAAAGUAAUCUCCCUUUUAUGUGGGACCUCACACACUUUUAUAGUCUUCUUUUGCUUUUUAAAUCAAACAGAUCU